AUGGCUUCAAUCGAGCCCAUGCAAAACAAGACAUGGGAUCUGUCGCUGUACGAACUGCACCGUACACCGCAGGAAGCCAUCACCGACAAUACGGAAAUUGCCGUAUCGCCCCGGAGCUUGCAUAGCGAAUUGAUGUGUCCAAUUUGUUUGGACAUGCUGAAGAAAACGAUGACCACCAAGGAAUGUUUGCAUCGGUUCUGCUCGGACUGCAUCAUUACGGCGCUGCGGUCCGGCAAUAAAGAGUGUCCGACUUGCCGCAAGAAGCUCGUUUCGAAGCGAUCACUGCGUCCGGAUCCAAACUUUGAUCUGCUCAUAUCGAAAAUCUACCCCAGCCGGGACGAGUACGAGGCGCACCAGGAACGAGUGUUGGCGAAGUUUAACCAAAGCCACUCUCAGCAGGCACUGGUACAUUCGAUCAACGAAGGGAUAAAGCUACAGUCACAGAACCGACCGAACAGAAAGCAGAAGGGAGAAAAUGAUGGUUUGGGACCGUCGAAUGCCACAAAUGCAAACGGUACCAGUGAAGUAGGUAAAGAUAGCCAACCAGCAGGCGCUAAUGCAACCACAGCUGGUACAGGUAGCGCUGGUCCGCCUGCUACCGGAGGUGGUGGUGGUGGAAGUGGUGGUUCAACAGCAGGAGGAGACCAAAUGCGCCAGUCUUCUAAUCCACCCUCGGUACGGAGCACUCCAUCACCGGUCCCUUCGAAUAUAAGCUCAGCAAGCAAAGCCAAGCGUCCCCGUUCGGUAAUGACCUCGGAACGCUCAGAGGAAUCAGAAAGCAACAGCGAAAUGGACAUGCGGACGGAAGAGAACGAUUCCAACCUUGACACGGAGGGCGAGGGAAACUCAGAGCAUGGUAGUGACGAAAUAGAGCUUGUCUUCAAACCGCAUCCGACGGAAAUGGCCGGCGAUAAUCCGUUGUUGAAGGCGUUGAAAGAAAAUUCGAUCCGAUACAUCAAAACUACAUCGAAUGCAACUAUUGACCAUCUGAGCAAAUAUCUGGCCAUGCGUUUGACAUUGGAUUUGGAUCCGGCCUUACCGGAAACGUAUCGGUUGCUCAACUUCUGCAUUUACAUAGCACAGCAACCGAAUCAGCUGGUAGUGCUUAGUGGCAAUCAGACGCUUCAGCAAGUGAAUGAGAAAUUCUGGAAGGUUAACAAGCCGCUUGAGAUGUACUACUCUUGGAAGAAAUCUUAG